AUGUGCAUGUGCCCCUGUCUCCUGCUGCCUGUGCAUCUCCGUGGUGCGCGUUGCCAGGCCGACAGCGACUCGCGCGUCCAUGGCAACCUCUUUGCGUCGGACAUCGGAUCUCUGCCCAUCGUGCGAGUUCUCGUGGAGGCCGCCUCCGAGGAUCCCGAGGCUGCUGAGAGUACGGCCAAGAAGCGAAGUCGCCGCCAGUUGCUGGGCGAUAUGUCGGGGGCGGCGGCGCUCGAAGAAGCAGAGAGACGGGGCUUGGAGGCCGUGGUCCUCGCAGGCAGCAGCGCGAGACUCCCAGUCUGUCUGUUGACGCGGAGCGUGGCGGACUUCCUGGAGCAACAACAGACGCGCCAGGCCAGGGCGAAGGCGCUUCAGGUCCCCGCCGCUUUCCGCGUGGGGAGAAGUCUUCCUGGGGAGGCGGGAUCGCGCGGCCGAGCCCACCCAGGCCUCGGAGAGAAGGAAGAGAUCGGGACGGGCGGCGCCGCUGGCGAGGCGCCGUCAGCAACGGAGACGCCCGGCGAGGUCGGCCGGACGCUGCUCGAUGGACACGAGCACGCCCGUGAGGCGGGGCGAGCGCGCGAGGCGGAUGUGGGAACCUUUGCGUUUGACCCGUCGCUUAAGAUCAAAACUGUGAGGAUCAACGGCGUCGCGGAUGAGCGAGACAUGCUCAGGAGUGCCCAAACAGCCAGGAAGUUUCUGUCUCAAGGUCACCGCGUGGAGCUUCAGGUCGUCGCGCAGAGGCACCAGCAGAAGACGCGGGCGCGCGUGAGUCACCUUGUUCUCCUCAUUGGCGGAUUUGUUCGCGAAUGUCGAGACGUCGGGCGUCCACUACACCUCCCGCUGAAUGCGUCUCUGCUGGCCACGCUCCCGGUCAUCAAGGUCCAAAUCUGGCCUUGUUCAAAGGAGCAGGCCUCGGCUUUCCAGAUGCCCCCAGUCAUUUUGGAGAGUCCGAAGAAGGGGAAGGGCGGGAAGCAGGACGAAAGUGAGCGAGACGAAGGCAAGAGGGGAAAGGGAAAAGGCGGGCAUGAAAAGAGAAGUGACGCCCGCGGAAAUGCUCGCCACGAGGACUUCGACUAG